AUGCGCUCCAUCGCGUUCGUCGCGGUCGCUGUCUCCACGGCGGCAGUAAUCGCCUCGGCGAUUACCACUCCUAUGCUGUACAGCUACGUGCAGACCCUCCAAAGCCAGGUCAACUCUGAGACUGAAUUCUGCCGCAUGCGCUCCCGUGACAUGCUCGUCAGCAUGUACCAAAUGGCCCCCAAAGGUCGUGCUAAGAGAGGAUGGCUGUUCGGACAGUGGGUGCCUGAUGGUGGUGCCGGCGGUGGCGCUGAAUAUGGUGGACCACAAGAGCACGGUUACGCACCAGCUCCUCCACCAAGCAACGGAUACGGCCCCGUUGUCAAUGCCGAACCUGAGCCACAGUGCUGCACCUGCCAGCAAGGACCUGCCGGACCCCCUGGACCUCCUGGAGAUGACGGAAAAGAUGGUCGUGACGGCGAGCAAGGAAAGGACGGCAACAAAGGACGUGAUGGCGGUAUCGAGCCCUCCGAUGGACUUCAGUCAGAGCCAUGCGGACCUCAAGGACCACGAGGAACUCCUGGACUUUCUGGAGUUGAUGGACGUCGUGGAGAGCCCGGCAUGGUCGGACCAGCUGGACCUGGCGGAGAGCCCGGUACACCAGGACCAAAAGGAAAGAAGGGAGAAGACGGACAUGUCAUCAACGUCAACGGACCACCAGGACCACCUGGACCCCCUGGUCCUAAGGGCCGCAAAGGAGAACGCGGACCUAAGGGACGUGUUGGAGGCGUCAUUCCUGGACCUCAGGGACCACCUGGAGACCAAGGAAAGAAGGGACGUCCUGGACGCAAGGGAGAGAACGGUGGACCCGGAGGACUCGGAUCAAAGGGACCCGAUGGAGACUGCUUCCACUGCCCAACACCACGCACUCCACCUGGCUACUGA